UGUAUACCUUACUGGCCCUCCUAUUCAUCCUUCUUUCCGCUUUAUGUUCUCCUCUGCUACCGCUUUAUGUUCUCCUCUGCUACCGCUUUAUGUUCUCCUCUGCUACCGCUUUUUUUAUGGUUCGAUGCCUUCCUGGCACGGUUUGUGUGUGGUGUGUCACCACCUUUGCUUGUCGCGUUCUGGGCUCUGCUGUCGCUGACGGCCUGUGGGCGUCGUGGUUCUGUGUGCUCUGUUCAUCUGGGCCGAUUAGGUCACGAGGACGCUGGUCGUCUUUUCUCCUACGUGGGCCGUUUCGAAGUUGAGCCUUCACCAUCCAAUGUCUCUUUGGAGCACAAGAACGCGGACGGUUUCCAUCAAUAAUGCAUCAUCUAGCUGGGACAGCAAGACCAAAGUGCCUACUCUUCGAGACUUUAACCUUGGGUUUCCACUACGCAAACUAUCGAUCGUUUGGGGCAUUACAAGGAGUGGGAAACCUACCCUUUUGGCUACUCUUUGGGCGA